UUAAAUUGAACACACCUUGUAUGUUCAGGGAAUCUGCGCAGGGACGUGUGUGCGCGUGCGCUCUCGGAACACAUCCAGGAAGUAGAGAAGAGAGCAAACAAUGUCACGUGAUGCACACAGAGUGGUCUGAGUGGGAAGAAUGGCCGAGGAGCACAUUCAGGCGAAGCUUACUGCUAUGCUCAAACAGGACAAAAUUCAGCUCUGGACUCCCCCUUUUACUACAGUAACUAAUGAAGCUGGUCAUGAACACAUACAGGAACUUGCCGUUAGAUAUUCUCAAAUGGUGGGAUCCCCCCAGCUUGAAGUGGAGAUUGCUCUGGAAGACAUAAGAUCACAGGCUGUCAAAAGAGGAAAAGGAAACAAAACCUACAGGGAGACAAAUGUUGCAACUCUGGAGCUCAUCAUAUCAAAGGGUAAUAAAAAGAAACAAUACUUCGAAACAAAACUGGAUAUUACCACUCAGGAUCUGAUGAAUAAAAUCAAGGAGGAAUUUGACCUCAAAUAUAUAAAGCUGAUUUUGAAUGGAAAAACUCUGUCUCCAGAGAAGCGACUUGAUGAACAGAACGUGAAGAACAACAGUAAAGUCAUGGUGCUGAAGGUGGCUGAACCGGAAGGGAAGAAAGCAAUGAUGGAGUUAGAGGAAGAGAAGCGUUCUCAUGAAGAAAGUGUGCAAAGAACUCAAAAAGGUUUCCAGAUCCUCUCAGAAAGAGAUGGUAGUGAGGAUCCAGCGACCACCCCGUUUCUGGAGAUUGCAGAUCAGAAAGGCAACCCCAUCCCGAUCCCGCUCAAUGAGAAAAAGGCACUCAUCCUAGCCAUGGGCUUCCAUGAGAAAGGCAGAGCCUUAAUGAAGAAGAAGGAAUACGAUGCAGCUCUCUGUCACCUGCUUCUAGCAGAUGAGCAGUUCAGAAAAUGUGAUUCUGUGCUGUUGAACACGGUGGAUAACUACGCAGUGCUGCAGCUGGACAUUGUGUGGUGUUACCGUGCUCUGGAGGCGCUGUCCUGUCUGAUGGAUGGCAAACAGAGACUGCAGCAAGCUGAGAAUUGCUUCCUCAAAUGCUAUGGAAAAGAGCAGCAGAGACUGCAGGAAAUCAAGGGGAAUACAGGUGGAGAGGACGUUCUGUUUCUCAGGCUAUAUCUCCUGCAGAGUCUGCUGGCGUACCUGAGUGGCAACGAGAAUAACGCUGCUAAGAAACUCCAGCAGGGUGAGGUGCUCUACAGUCAACUGUGUCUGGACCCAGAGAAGAUGACCCAGCUGCUGAGUAUGGGCUUCACAGAGCAGGACGCUCGCCUGGGCCUGAGAGCCUGCAGAGGCAAUGUGGAGGCGGCUGUGACGCACAUCACUUGCAGGAGAGAUGAGCGGGAGGAGAUAAAGCGGAGGGAGAGAAAUAAGAGAAGGCAGCGUCUGGAAGCCAUCAACACCCUCGUCGAGCUUGGCUACGACAAGAAAGCAGCAGCCCAGGCCCUCCAUGAGUCCAAAGGAGAUGUGGAUGAAGCCUAUAGGAUUCUGCUGGAUUCAUCUGAAGCCAGCAGCUCUGGGAUCCCUCAGCCAGACACAGACAGACAGACCAAAGUGGAUCAGCUCGCUUACUUAGGCUUCCAAAGAGAGGAAGUGGAGGCAGCUCUAGGGUUGGUGGGAGACGAUGUAGCUCAGGCCACUCAGUUACUCUUGGAUAAUCAGGGUGUUAUUCCUUCAGAGCUACGCUCCCCCUCAGCUCCAUCCUCCUCGUCAGAAGAGCCCAGCACCUCGUCCGAGGACUCUGCAGCGUCCGGGUCGAGCCUCCCUGAAACCGAGCUGGUGAAUGAGGUUUUGGAGUACAUCCCCAGACAUGAAGAGGAUUACUUGGACGUGACUCUGGAGGAGGAGAGCGAGCUCAUUGCUCUAAUGAAGUCUUAUCUGGAGAGGAGUUCUGCACACUCCCGCUGAAAAGCUGCUCAUAUGUGCUUUCUGCAAUCGUGUGAGGUCAGUUUAGAGUGCAAGGUUAUCACAUUAGCACCAGAACUCUGAACCUGGAUCAGCAGUUGGUAACAAGCCAGUAAUUGAAGCCAUUUUGAAAGUACUUUACGCAUUUGAGUUUUGAUUUUAUCACUUCAUUUUUCUUUUACAUUAUGGUAAUAGCUUAUUUCUGACAGGAAUGCUUGUUUAUAUAGAUUUAAACAGAUAGUCUUACUUUUGAAUGAAGAAUUGCUCUUUAAAGUAUUAUCUCUAGUAGUUAUUGUUAGAUUUAUCACUGAUAUUUGAGGAUAUUUGAGUUUUGUGUUGAAAAGUGCAUGCUUCCAAAGCACAUUUUCAGUAAUCUUUAAUCUUACAAUGCACCUUAAAGUCUUCAACUUUGUUCAGUUUUUGUUAAACAUGCAAUAAAUUGACAAGCUUUGCAUUUCUAA